AUGUCACAAUCACAAUCUACAGAUACUAAUCGUGAAACUCCACUUUGUUCUGAUGCUCAAAGUAUUAUACCACGUUUUGAAGCUAUCGAUUCAAUUGGAGGUGUUUGCACCCCAGUAGUAACUGAAGAACAAACAAAAUGUAAUGAUAGUCUACCAAAUCAAUAUUUUGAACAGGAUACUAUAACAGCUGAAGUGAUUCCCACUCCUCCCACGCCUCCUACGAAUGCUGCUACCACCACUACUACUCAAGAAUCUUUCAUCAUUACAUCACCAUUGUCAUCGCCACCGACUAUUGAACCUUCUCAACUGCCUAAAAUAUGUGCAAUAGAACGAUUAUCAGACGCAAAUAUCCCUACACAUUUGUCACCCAGUACAACGAUUGGAUUAUUCGUUGACAGUCAGUUCACUUGUAUGACUACAAUUAACACCAGUACCUCAAAUCCUACAACAAAUGUCUCAUCCAUUACUACUAAUACAACCAGCACGACGACGACCACCACCACCACGACAACUACUACUACAACUGUUCGACGUCCUCGUCAUAAACCUGCAGAACGACGAGAACUGCUCGAGUUAGCUGUCAAUGAUGUCUUAGGCUCACAGAUAUCUAUGCGUCGUGCUGCACAAAAGUAUAAUUUAGCCAAAUCAUCUCUGUGCGAUUAUGUGCGUAAAAAUGGGAUUAUUCUACCAAAUUUACGUUUUAAAUCUUAUCAUCAAACGCUGUCAGGUUCAACAAAUAAUGGUAGUGGUAGUGGUAAUACUACCUCGACGAAUUCAUCACGUCAAACGUCAUCUACGCCAUCAGCAUCAUGUAAACGUGCUAGUUCACCAGUUGACGAUCAGACAAAUACCGCCUCGAUGAUAACUCCUCCUUUGCCAACAAAACUCUCCUGUGGAAUAAAUCGGAAAGUUAAUAUUGGUAGAACAAGAAAUGUGGAUCAUCCACAUCAUCAUCAUCAUCAUCCUAAUAGACAACAAACAAAAUUAUCUGGAAGAGGUAUAAAUCAGGCAGAGAAUUUAUCCUUUCCUUUAGAAAAUACUAUCAGAGGUGUAUCUUCUGCAAGCGCCUGUGAUAUGAAUUGUAUACGUUCGUUAAUAUCAUGUGAUCGAGCUGGUGUAGAUUCUUGUUCAUCUGAUAUGUGUUUCUCAUCAAUGAAUCAACGUUUUGGUCAAAAUACACCGAAUCAAAGCAAUUUAUAUAAUAGUAAUAAUAAUAACAACAAUAGUAUAUCGAAUAUGACCAAGUGUUUUAAUACUCCGUGUAAAAUUGGUCGUAUUGAAAGUCCUUGGCAUAAUGCUGCCGGUUUGCCUACACAAGUUCCAAUGCGUUCAUGGACUACAAAUAAUGCAUUUACUGGGUCAUUACAACAACAACAACAGCACCAACAAUCGUCGUCAUUAUCCUCUGAGCAAGAAGCAGCAAUAAACAUGACAUCUACAUCGUCUUUCAUAACAUCUACAAAUAAUGCUACCGGUAUAUCUGGGAAUCCUUUAUUAUUACAUUCGGAUAUUCUAGAUGAUUCUUCUAUACUGACGACGGCGGCGGCGGCGCCUACUUCUACUUCUACAACUCCUACUCCUAUUUCUACAACUGUAAUGAAUAAUUGUAAUCUAUCCAAAUUAAAGUUGAAUAAUCUCUCUCAGACAAUAAGUAUGAAUCAUGCAUGCCUUUCAUCGUUAACAAAUAAUAAUAAUUAUUUAAAAGUACAUUCUACCGAUAAUAUUAUGAGUAAUGAUCAUAUACAAAGUUGUACAAAUGAUAGUUCAACUAAUCGAUUAUUAUCAUUUAAUCAUGAUUGUUUAUGCCCUACAGAAUUUAUGAAUGAUGUUAAUAUGCUUACAAAUUUUCCAAUUGAUUCUCCUGCAUCUCAAUCAUCUGUUGAAUUUGAUCGUCGAACAUUUUUAAACGAAGAAUCGGCUAGAUCUCUUCUGCAUAACACUUCAGAUCGAAAUCUCAACGGACUUUCAGAUUGUGAACAGUUGAGAUCGAUUGUAGACAGUACAUAUACCCAACAACAACAACAACAACACCAUCAACAUCAUAAUCGUAGUACAAACGAAACUUCAACCAAUCGGAUUUCAUUCUCUUCACCCGCUACAAGUUCUGUUAACAAUUUGGAUUUAUCUAAUUCAAAUAUAACACGAAACUUUUUGUCUACACCGCUUAACAACAAUUAUUCAGCAUCGAAUUGUCAAACACCUUCCAUUGAAGGUACAAAGUAUUCAAGGAGUACCACUUGUUCAAGUUCAGAUAAUACCGCCUUAUUAUCAUCAUCUGAAUUGAGUGGUGGUAUUGUUGGUGGCGGUGCUAUCGAUCGGUUUAUAUCAUCGAAUCCUAGUGCAGCCUCUGCUCUCUACUCUUUUCUUGGUCUUGUAUCCAGUGGAAGUAGUGGUCAGGUGAAUUCAUCGUGUUGUCCAUCAACUACUCCGCUUUUUCAGUCGAAUUUAUUAUCUUCUAUUAGUCAGGCAGCUGUAGCCGCCCUACUCUUACAACAUUCGCGUACAGCAUCCAACGUUCCAGUCUAUCCUACUGCUUCUGCGAACAAUUCACUUCCUUUAAAUUGUACCAAUCAUCCUAAUUCACCUGUUAUCCUCACCUCUUCUUCAUCAUCGACAGCAGCACACUUUCAUCCUGUAGACGUUGUCAAUCAGACCAGUGUAACAGAUAAAUCAUUUAAUAAUAAUAAUAAUAACCAAGUUACUCAAUCGAUUCCUACACCCUUCUCAACAAGUCAUCAUCAAUACAAUAAUAACAAUACUACUACCAGUAGUUCAGAGUUUAUAAAUUCCUCCUUAAAUCUUUGUGAUCAACAAUUAAGUUUAUUGAAACAACUUCCAAGAUUUUUGAUUGGAUCUAGUGGUGUUGGAACGACUUCACCACCACCGACAACAACAACAACGACAGCAAGUGGAAUUGAUAUUCUGCCACAGUUGCCUACUCCUCAUCAUCAAUCUGCUGCUCAAUCUUUAAGACAAUUAGCCAACGCUUUAUUCUGGAGUUCAUUAGGAUCAAAAGCUAUUGAUUUAUUAUCAACAUUUGAAUCGGAUCUAUUACAGCAACAGCAACACCAGCCAAGUCAACAACAUCAACAACCAUCUCAACAGCAACAGCAACAACAAUCCAUAAAUCCAUUAAAUUGUUCAAAUCCUCAUUUUUCACAUCAUCAUCAUCAUCAUCAUCAGCCUACUGUGUCAAAUUCAUCUGUCUCGACAACAGGAUCAAAAAGUGAAAGUGUCAACUUUCAGAAUAGUAGUAAUAACCCUAUAAAUAGUGCAAGUUAUCAAGUUCAUUCUAGAGAAGAUUCAGAGUCGAUUAAUAAAACAUAUCAUCAUCAUCAUUCAUCGCUGUCAUCAUCAACAGCAACAACGUCGUUAUUGAAUUGUGAAAAUCUACCCAAAGAUCAGUUACUACUUCCACUGCAUUCCUCUUAUCCUAAUAGUAAUAUUAAUAAUAGUAAUAAUAUGUCUGCGCAUGUAGAAGGUCUCAUCAACUUUAUUAAUAAGUCGCCAACUCCAUUUCAUGUUAUACAUAUAGUUCGACAUUUGUUGAAUUCUCAUGGUUUUCGUGAACUUGUUGAAAAUGAACCAUGGAGUAUACGACCAAUGGACAAAGUGUAUGUUACUAAAAAUGAGUCAACUAUUAUUGCAGCAGCUAUUGGUGGUCGUUAUGCACCUGAGAAUGGUUUCACUCUACUCGGUGCACAUACAGACAGUCCAUGUCUUCGAUUGAAGCCGAAUUCGGAACGUUUAAAAGAAGGUUAUAUUCAGCUGGGUGUUGAAACUUAUGGUGGUGGUCUAUGGUAUACAUGGUUUGAUCGUGAACUGACGCUAGCUGGACGUGUAAUUGUUCGUGGAAAUGGUAGUGGUGCUGGCGGUACUGCUACUGAAGGACGAUUAGAACAACGUCUGGUGCAUAUCAAUGAACCGAUCGCUUGUGUUCCCAGUUUAGCAAUACAUCUUAGUCAAGAGAUUAAAGCCCAGGGAUUUAAUCCAAAUAGUGAACAGCAUUUGUCACCAAUCCUGUGUACUAGUAUAAUGGAACAGUUACACAAUCCUACUCUUCAAGGUUUGAUGAACACGGGGUGUGUAAACAGCUCAACCAAUCCAUGUUCUAAUACCUGUCCUCUCCCAUUGCCCAAUAAACACUCUCAUCAUCAUCCGCCAGCAUUAUUACGUUUAUUAAGUGAACGAAUUGGUGUCAGCGAACAAGACAUUGUCGAAUUAGAAUUAUACUUUGCAGACUCACAACCAGCACGUGUUGGUGGUAUUCACAAAGAAUUCAUUCAUGCUCCACGUUUAGAUAAUCUAUUCAAUUCUUAUGCUGGCCUCCAUGGUUUCAUUGAAUCUCUUCCAAAUUUGUCAUCUGAGUGUAAUAUGCGCCUAUUGUGCUUAUUUGAUCAUGAAGAAGUUGGAUCCACAUCAACCCAGGGUGCUAAUUCAGCGUAUACAUUGUCAGUUAUGCGUCGACUUGUCAAAUCCCUAGAUACAUCUAAUCUCUCUGCAUCAAACAACAACAACAGCAAUAAUAAUAACUCAGAAUGUCAUAAAUGUUGUCAUAGUAAUAUUGAUUUUUACUUUGAACAAUCCUUGGCUAAAUCAUUUUUAGUGUCAGCUGAUCAAGCACAUGCAGUUCAUCCAGCCUGGAGUGAACGUCACGAAUGUUAUCAUAAGCCACAAUUACACAAUGGUGUUGUUUUAAAGUAUAAUACAACACAACGUUAUGCUACAAAUGGUUUUACAGCAGCAACUAUUCGUGAAAUUGCUCGAUUGGCUAAUGUUCCAGUUCAGGAAUUUGUAUCUCGACAAGAUAUGCACUGUGGUUCUACUAUCGGUCCACUGUUAUCCUCUCAAUUAGGUAUACCAACAGUGGAUUUAGGCUUUCCACAACUGGCUAUGCAUUCCUGUCGUGAGCUGUGUUGUACAUCAAGUGUUGAACAAGCUGUCCGUCUGUAUUCAGCCUAUUAUGAAAAUUUAUCAAAAAUAUGGUAUUGUUGUAAUAAUAAUCAUAAUAAUGAUAAUAAUAAUAAUGACAAUAUGAACACAGAUGAAGAACAAAAACAUUAUUCUUAUUCUUAUUAUUAA